AGAAGCAUGGGAUGAACAAUUUGCUCGUCAUCGUAAUAUUGCUUUCAAAAAAUUCACCAGGCGUCUUCCGAAUAUUUCUGAGCAAAUAAAAAAUAAACAAUUCGAUAUAUUUUCCGAAUCCACUAAAUUUGGACCAAUGGAACACAACUCGCUUUUAGAAUCACUGGCCGAUCCCGGGGAUGGUUAUACCGUACCAACUGAAAAUCCAACUACACAAGAAAUGGACGCAACUUCUGAUAUAUCUACACAAGAAGGGAAUGCUUCUGUAACGCCUCUAGUUUUAUCAGAUGAUUUGCAGAGGAUUCAUGAUAAAUUGUCCACAUCGUCGCGAUAUAUCGUAAAUUAG